AUUCGACGCACCGUUUCCGUACCAGUACGAAUUCUGCGAAGAGACUACUGACCGACGAUGCCACCGAAAGCCAGUGGGAAAGCCGUGAAGAAAGCUGGAAAAGCUCAGAAGAAUAUCAGCAAGGCUGACAAGAAGAAGAAGCGCAGGAGGAAGGAGAGCUAUGCGAUCUACAUCUACAAAGUCUUGAAACAAGUUCAUCCCGACACGGGAAUCUCCAGCAAAGCCAUGAGUAUCAUGAACAGUUUCGUCAACGAUGUGUUCGAACGUAUUGCCGCGGAAGCAUCUCGUCUGGCUCAUUACAACAAACGCUCCACGAUCACGUCUCGGGAAAUCCAGACUGCCGUCCGUCUGCUGUUGCCCGGUGAACUCGCCAAGCACGCCGUCAGUGAGGGCACCAAGGCUGUCACCAAGUACACCAGCUCCAAGUGAACACUCGUUCACUUCCUUAAAUCGGCCCUUUUAAGGGCCACAAAUUUUCUAAACGUGGAGAAUUUCUUGUUUCUACUAAUAAAAUCCCUCUGCUCCUUGUACCAUCAUAAAAAUCUUGUAUCAUUUGGUAUUCGAUGCAUUUAAAUUUGGUGUGAAUAAAAUUUGUGGAAUAGCGGUAUUAACUUGGAAUAUCUUUAGUUAAAAUAUUGCAUAUUAGAAAAUAAAGCCGUAACGAAAAUUCAAUUUUUCAAUGGGGUUUAAUACUGUAGUGGCAUUCAGUGAGCUUUCCAUAUUCUUAUGUUUAAAUGGUGUCGAAUUUCCUGCUCGUCUC